AUGGAGGAAUCCCUGACGCGGCCGCGAUUAAGGACAGGGAGUCCGGUGGGCAGGGAUUCUGAGGGUCGGAGGGAACUAGGGAGGGGGACUUACCCCGUUUUCUGCCGGAUCGGGUGGAUGAGUAGAGGUUCCCUGGUUGUCUCCUGGGGGAGGGGAGGAGCAGCCCGCGCCGUAACCCGCGGGGCUUGGUACCCCUCCCGGGUUUCGGCACCAAAUGUAAGGUCGGAUCUUAACAAAGGGCACCGUGAAACAGAGGAAAGCUUCAACUUUAUGCUGACUCAGAAAUUGAUAACUGGCCAGAGAAGGGAUUCAGGCAAGGCUUUGUUGAGGCUCGUGCUGCAGCAGGAGGGAGCGAAAACAAGUGACAGUUCCCUGGCUCACUCUCCGAGGAAGGUGGGCUGGAUCCUUAAAUGGGGUGAGGCAGGGGCCGAUUGGUGGUCUGCCCACUCGCCUGGUGGUGCUGUGUGCAGGGAUCAUGCGCAGUCAUUUUUAGACUCUCAUUUCCUGGUAUAUUCAUACAACAAGUCAGGGAUAUUGUAUCCAGAUUCUUCAUUUGUAAAGGGCCGUUGCUUUUAUCAACGAUAUGCCACAGAGAUUGCAGAUUCAGUUGUGACACUUAGCACCUGCUCUGGACUCAGGGGAUUAUUGCAGUUGGAGAAUAUCAGUUACGGAAUUCAACCAUUGGAAUCUUCAGCUACAUAUGAACAUAUGCUUUAUCAGAUAAAAGAUAAUGAAAUUGAUUUUCCCCCCAUAGCAGAAAAUAAUUCUACAACCCAAUUGGCAGAUCAGUCCUACAAAAUUCUUGUGAAAUCAGAAAAAAAUUCUGGUGUGCUGUUGAAAAGAGUUCUGAAAAUACGAGUCAUUAUGGAUAAAGCCUUGUAUGAUUAUAUGGGCUCUGAAGUGGCACUUGCAUCUGAGAAAGUUGUCCGUAUCUUUAGUCUCAUCAACACUAUGUAUUCUCAGCUUAAAGUGUUGGUUACAUUAACUUCUCUGGAGCUCUGGUCAGAUCAAAAUAAGAUUUCAACUAAUGGGGAUGCUAAUGAAGUUCUACAAAGAUUUGUGUCAUGGAGAGAAAAAUUUUUACUUCAAAGGUCCCAUGAUAUGCCAUACUUAUUAAUUUAUAGGGACCAUCCUAAUUAUGUGGGAGCAACAUAUCAUGGAAUGGCAUGCGAUCCAAAGUUUGCUGCAGGAAUUGCUCUGUAUCCAAAGAUGAUAACCUUAGAGGCAUUUUCAGUUGUUUUGGCACAGUUGCUUGGAAUUAACCUGGGAUUAACAUAUGAUAAUGACAUCUACAGUUGUUACUGUCCAGGAACUACAUGCAUAAUGAAUCCUGAAGCAAUACGUUCCCGUGGUGUAAAGUUUUUCAGCAGUUGCAGCAUGGAUGAAUUCAAACAUACAGCUUCACAGCCUGAAUUUGAAUGUCUUCAGAAUCGAACAGUUUCAAAAGUGGUUCCACAGGGAAGAGUUUCAGUUUGUGGCAACGGAGUUUUGGAACCGCCAGAGCAAUGUGAUUGUGGUGGGCCAGAGCAAUGCUCUCAUAAAAAAUGCUGUGAUGCUGUAACAUGUUCUCUGAUUGGAGAUGCAGAGUGUGGUACAGGACCAUGCUGUGACAGAAAAAGUUGUCAGAUAGCUGAAAGAGGACAUGUAUGUAGGAAAAGCACAGAUAUGUGUGAUUUUCCAGAAUUUUGCAAUGGGAUAGCUGAGUUUUGUGUACCUGAUAUGAAAUCUGCUGAUUUAGAACUGUGCAAUAAUAAGACUGCCUUUUGCUAUCAAGGAGUAUGCCAAGAUACAGAUAAACAGUGUGCAGAGUUGUUUGGAAAAUUUUCGAAGGGGGCUUCUGCUCUAUGUUCACAAGAAGUGAAUAUGCAUACAGAUGACUUUGGAAACUGUUAUGGUCGUUUUUGUAAUUAUCGGGAUAUCUAUUGUGGAAAGUUAGUUUGUCUCUGGACACGUACAGAAGUAGUGCCAUUUAAAAAUUUUGAUACUCAAUAUACUUUCCUUGGAGGCAUUGUGUGUCUAAGUGCACAUCUAAGAAAUUCGACACCAGUAACCUUCCGAGAUGAUUAUACCUAUGUAAAGAGUGGCACUAUGUGUGGUCCAAAUAAGUUUUGUAACAGAGGAUCUUGCACAGACGUCACCGUCAGCUCAGACGCAACUUGUAUCUCCAAAAUAAAGUGCAAUGGACAUGGGGUUUGCACUACUCUCCAUAACUGUCACUGUGAUGCUGGAUAUGCCCCUCCACAAUGUGAACCAAUGCCUUCAUCACCAGGAGGAAGUAUCAAUGACGGGUUUUGGCUUACGUCAGGUAAAAGUACAGACAUGUUGGUAAAACGACGUGGUGCUUCUCGAAAAAACGGCCUUGUGAUCAGUUUCUACGUUUUCCUGCCUUUCCUCAUUUUAAUUCCCAUCAUUGCUCUUAAAUGGAAUAAAAUGAAGAUAUUUUGGGACAGAGAGGGCACAGUAAGUGAAGGGUCUCUAUCAGAAGACAGCAGUAGGAACAGUAACAGCAACCAGUCUUACAAUGAAAGAAUGGUAACUAAACAAUACCGUCAAAAGCCAUAAUUUGGAGAAAAGAUAUUGCCAAGAAACACACCAUUAACUGGGCUGGUUCAAGAAUAAAAAAAAAUCUGCUUUUCUC